AUGGCUUCGAUGGCCGGCGGGGCCAAUAAUUCUCGCACCACGGCCACGGGAAAGGUCACUUUCAUGAAGAAUAUCCUUCUCGGAAGUCACCUUCCGCCUUUCUCGCGAGGGAUGUUGCGCAACACCCAGUUCUAUUGCCUAACAACCUUGAUACUUGGUAUUCUAUGUGUUGUGUGGUCAAUCGUCCACUAUGAUUCAGCCUACUACGGAUCCCUCUUCACACUUCCCAACGUCGCAGUCAUGAAUAUCAUGGCUUGCCGUGUUUAUAGGAACACCAAACUUGAUGGUGUACAAGGCACCCAGCUUCCCUGUGUUGCUAUGGCCCAGAUCCAAUUCGAGAUCAACCAGAAGAGCUCGGAGUUGACGAUGGAUCUAGAGCACUCCCAGGGCAGGGCGAAGCAUUGA